UACAAAAACAAAGAAAUGCGAAAGUAGAACAAACCCGUAUCCAGAGAACCGGGUUGACCCAAUUAUACUCUCCCCCUUCCAAAGAAAAAAACUAAACCCUAAAACCCUACACCGCCGUCGCUCCCAUCACACACUCCGCUGCAACCUCUCCGUCACUCCAAAAUCGACAAAUCCACCAUAGAAAUCUCAAGUUUUUUUUCCGGUGCCCGGAUGGAGUUUCCCUCUACCAAUGCCGCCAGAGCUUCAGGUAGUAAAAGAAGCUUCGAUGAUCUUGAAGACGAUGAAGAUGACAUCUUCGGAUCCAAAAAGGGUCGUACCAAAGCUGAGGAGGAUGCCCCUGGUGUUACCACUAGCAUGAUAUUAUCACUCCGAGAGAGUCUUAAGAAUUGUAAAGACGAGCUUGCUUCAUGCCAAAAUGAGCUUGAAUCAGCUAAAACAGAGAUUAUUAAGUGGAAAUCAGCGUUUCAGAACGAGUCCUUUGUACCCGCUGGAAAAUCUCCUGAACCUAGGUUUUUGAUCGACUACAUCCAGAAUUUGAAGUCUUCUGAGAGAUCUUUGAAAGAACAGUUAGAAAUCGCCAAGAGGAAAGAAGCGUCAUGCAUUGUUCAAUAUGCGAAACGGGAACAAGAAAUGGCAGAAUUAAAGUCAGCUGUUCGCGAUUUGAAAUCUCAACUCAAGCCAGCGUCAAUGCAGGCGAGGAGGUUGUUACUGGAUCCAGCCAUUCAUGAAGAAUUUUCACGUCUGAAGAAUCUAGUUGAGGAAAAAGACAAGAAGAUCAAGGAACUCCAGGAUAGUUAUACAGCAGUUACUUUCACCCCUCUGGGGGUUAAGGGCAGGAUGCUUAUGGAAAAGUGCAAAACCCUGCAAGAGGAAAACGAGGAGAUUGGACGCCAAGCUGCUGAAGGAAAGAUUCAUGAACUAGCAAUGAAGCUUUCAGUGCAGAAGUCUCAAAACGCAGAACUUAGAAAGCAAUUUGAAGGACUGUUCAAACACAUGGAAGGAUUAACUAAUGAUGCUGAGAGAUCAAACGAAACGGUGAUAAUAUUGCAAGAUAAGUUAGAAGAGAAGGAGAAGGAGCUAGAGAGAGUAAAGAAGGGGAUGGAGGAGGAGGUUGUGGCUGACAAGAAAGAUGAUGAAGCUCAUGAUGAUGAAGAUCCAAAAGAAAUUGAUGGUGGAGAAUAAAGAGUUUGCUAUCAAAAGAUGUUAUGUACAUUUUGAGAGUUGAUUGCAAUUUUUUUCCUUACAUCUCUCAAAAUUUUGUCUUUUCUCGUUUAAGUGUUUAAUUUGAAUUUAUCUUCUUUCCU